AUGCGCUCUUCUCUCCUCCGUCCACGCUCUUUAGUGACAAAACGAGCCCCAUGUGCUCAGCGCGUCCUCUUUUCUUAUUCGCAAACAGCGCGAUAUCCACGUCGCCAGCCAACUCAAAAAACAACUACGAGUCCUAGUCCUAGUAAUACUUCUCGCACGCCUAAGAGGUCGUCCUCCUCUUCCUUGCCUGCGGGCACUCCGUCUUACCCACCUAGCUUACCUGCAAAACCCGAUGGAGAGCCGAGUGGAGCUGUCGCCUCUGCUGGUUCGCCGCCGUCGCCACCUGAGGAACCCGAAGAGAACCCAGAGGAUGAGGGAGAACAAGAAAAGCCUUUGGGGGAACCCGAGAAGGCGAAACGGACUCGUCGGACUAAGGCUGAGAUUUUAGAAUCAGCAGCAACAUCAGACAACUCUGUCCCACUACCUCCGGAACUCAACAUCCUAUGGACGCCCGAUACGAUGGAGGCUACGUCGCCUUCUGCGCUGCCGCCACCCGAGAUCUUCCAGGAAGUGCUUACGGACUUGCUCAUUACACUACACCCGCAGACACAACACCGUGGCGCGUACGCAUCUUCAUCUUCUGCUGGAUCACCUGUUGAGCCUACGCUGGGGUUGUAUUGUCCAUUUGAGGGAGGGGAUUAUAUUAUUGAUGAGACGGUUAGAGAGCUUGCGAGGAGGACGGAUUCGGAUGUGAUCGUGUUGGAUGCUGUACAGCUUGCUGCUGGGCAGGCUGGGUGUUUUGGAAAAGCUGCUUCUGUGCUUCAGCUUCCUCAGAAUCCACUCCAUUUCCGUGCACCGGUGCCACAACCUUCACCUAUCCCUUCGUCCAAGCGCAGAGCGACAGAGGACGAGUACGACGACGAUGAGGAAGGUGACUAUGGAGGUGCUUUCAUACCCUCACAUAUGACCUUCCACGUCCUCUCACCAGGCGGGAUGCGUCCAAGUCGACAAUCCGUGUCGACUUCAAGCACAUCUCGAGGUUCAUCAGGAGCAAAAACAAAAGCAUUCUUUGACGAGUUAAUCAACACGCCGUCCCCUAAAGAUGCUGAAGCUCUAUCUCAAGGAAAACGUCGAUCGCGAUUAAUUUACAUUCGUGAUUAUCCUACGUUAGCUGCUUCUGCUGCGACGUGGUAUCCGUCAUUACUAGCUGCUGUCCGACAGAGGAGGCAAGGACCUAUCUCCCGCCCGACUUCGCCAGUGACGAAUACUAUGACUAUUGUAUUUGGGAUGACACCGCCUAUUGUACAACCUUCUUUCCCAUCGCAUUUCGGAGGUCCUGGUUUACUCGGUUUGUUUAACUCCCGACAGAGUUCGCCAACUGUUGUGAACCCUCCUUCACGACCUGGGAGGUCUGAUUACGGUGAGGGUGAAUAUGCAGAGAAGGCACGCGAGAGGCGGCUUAGGGAGCGAUUACGAAGGUGGGAGAGAGAUGAACCUGGGUUUUAUGACGAGAUGCCUCGACUACCACAUUCCAACGACGGUGUACACGGUGGGAACGACCGUACAGGGUUCGUCAUGGUUGGUCCACCUUUAUCAGGUAUUUCCAACGCACCUCCGGGUCCGUUAUUAUCCGCUUUGCAAAACCGAGGGCCCAGCCCACAUGGAGAUAGUGAAGACAAUUCUGCGUUCUUCCGGACGUCUGUUUUGGUGCCGAGUGUUAGAAAUCAUGGGAUGGAGAGGAGUUGUAGGACUGCGAGACGGAGGGAGAUUAAUGAGUUGACUAUGCGGAUGGCUGUAGACUCGAUUGGGGGGAGGUUGGAGGGGAGGUUCUCUCUUCCUGAACCUUUACCAUCGGGAGAAGGAGGGGUAGAAGCUUCUGGGAAGUCUUCCUCCUCGGAGAAUGAGCUGCAUGAUGCUGCGAGGAUGUGGGAAGAGUGGGGGAAACACGUCGAAGCAUGGACGAACGUGAAGGACAUUGCAGAUCGUGCAGUCGGGACAGUCGUAGCGAAUAACAUCUCCACAGCGAAGUUGUCUCUGGACUCGACGCCUGUUCCGUGGCCUGCUGUGGUGUCUGCCUGGUCUAUACGUUCUUCGAUUCGUGAGAUACGUAAGACGUGGUUGCAAGAGUCGGGUGGAAAGACUGUUAGGUAUUCGGUUGGUGAGGAAGAGGAGGAAGAGGAAGCGCCGCCUACGCAUGAUGAGGUUAUUCAGCGAGUGAAGGAGGAGUCGGAUUUGACGCCUCAUGAACAGAGGUUGCUGGGGUGUAUUGUAGAUGCUGCGUCAAUGCCAACUUCCUUCGACCAAGUCCACCUCCCCGCACAUACCAUAGAUUCCGUCCGAACCAUCGUAUCUCUUCCUCUUCUUCAUCCUACUGCUUUCCAGUCAGGUAUCUUGAAACAGCACAGUAUGACUGGAUGCUUGCUGUUUGGCCCGCCUGGGACUGGGAAGACCUUGGUUGUUCGAGCUCUUGCUAGGGAUGCAGGGUGUAGGAUGUUAGCUGUGCAGCCUUCGGAUGUUAUGGACAUGUACGUAGGCGAAGGCGAGAAACUCGUCCGCUCCCUCUUCUCCCUCGCCCGCCGUCUCUCCCCCUGCGUAAUCUUCCUCGACGAGAUAGAUGCGCUCUUCGGUGCACGUUCUUCCGCUCGUGAGACUGGUGGGGCGUUAGCACAUCAUGGAGUGAUUACGGAGUUUAUGCAGGAGAUGGAUGGGUUGAAGACAAAGACGGGGAAUGGGAAUGUUAUUGUUAUUGGGGCGACGAAUAGGCCGUUUGAUUUGGAUGAUGCCGUGUUGAGACGGUUGCCGAGACGGUUGUUGGUUGAUUUGCCUGGGGUUGGGGAGAGGGAAGAAAUUCUGAAGAUUUUGUUGAGGGAUGAAGAACUUGCGCCUGAUGUGGACCUUGCGUGGCUUGCGAAACGGACUGAGAUGUUUUCUGGGUCUGAUUUGAAACACUUGUGCGUGUCUGCCGCGUUGGAUGCUGUUAAGGAAGGUAUUACUCUGCCCUGGGCAGUUCCUUCUUCCACUUCCGGGACAGCUGAAAGUGCCACUACCGAGGCGACGUCAACCACGACCGCUGAGAGCUCCUCAACCACAGCCAAUGAAGACAAAAGCUCAACGACAACUGCUGAGGCUCUUACCCGUGUCGAAGACACGUCUUCUGAGGCUGGAGAGUCUUCUACCUCACAACAAUGCCCUUCCUCACCCUCACCCACAUCAUCAGAAACAACCUCAACCUCCUCGCAAACAACCUCAACCCCAGACUCAACCCCACAGUUGACCAACCCACGAACCCUCUACCUCCGUCACUUCACAAAAGCACUCAAAGAAAUCUCUCCUUCCUCCUCCGAGUCACUCGGCAGCCUCGCUGCCUUGCGAAAAUGGAACGAAGAGUUUGGGGAAGGUAUGAGUCAGAAGAAGCGGGCGAGGAGGAUGUGGGGGAGAGGUUCGUUUGGUUUCGCAGAUCCUGAGGGGAAGGAGGUGUUACCUGAUGGGAGGGUUAGUGUGUCUGCGCCGCCGUGA